CUCCCCAGAGGACUGUUUGAGGGUCUCGGCUCUCUAGAACUGCUUCUCCUGAAUGCCAAUAAGAUCCAUUGUAUUCGAGCCACAGCCUUCCAGGACCUAGAGAAUCUAGCUCUGCUGUCUCUCUACGACAACAAGAUCCAGACCCUGGCUAAAGGAACCUUCUCACCCCUUCACAGUAUACAGACACUUCACCUGGCCCAGAACCCAUUUGUGUGUGACUGUAACCUGAAAUGGCUGGCAGACUACCUGAGGUCCAACCCCAUAGAGACCAGCGGUGCCCGCUGUGCCAGCCCACGCAGACUGGCCAACAAACGCAUCGGGCAGAUCAAGAGCAAGAAGUUCCGCUGCUCUGCUAAGGAGCAGUACCACAUCCCAGGUACAGAAGACACCCGUCUGAAUAAUGAGUGUAACAGUAAGCCAGUGUGUCCUGCUAAGUGUCGCUGUGAAGCCAACGUAGUGGACUGUUCUAACCUCCGUCUCACCAAGUUCCCCCAACACCUACCUGCCUCUACCACCGAGCUGCGUCUCAACAACAAUGACAUCUCAGUGCUGGAAGCCACCGGCGUCUUCAAGACCCUCUCUCAGCUCAAGAAAAUUAACCUUAGCAACAACAAGAUCUCAGAGAUCGAGGACGGAGUGUUUGAUGGGGCGGGGUCUGUCAUGGAGCUCCACCUGACAGCCAAUCUCUUGGACUCUGUCAGAGGGACCAUGUUCAGGGGCAUGGGCGGCGUCCGCAUGCUGAUGUUGAGGAACAACCGUAUCAGCUGUAUCCAUAACGGCAGCUUCACUGGUCUGACCAACGUCCGCCUGUUGUCUCUCUAUGACAACCAGCUCCACACCAUAAUGCCUGGGGCCUUCGACACACUGCCCAACCUCUCUACACUGAACCUGUUGGCCAACCCGUUUAACUGUGACUGUCGUCUGGCGUGGUUGGGGGCGUGGCUUCGUUCUAGACGAAUCGUAACGGGGAACCCUCGCUGCCAGAGCCCCUCCUUCCUCAGAGAGAUCCCACUACAGGACGUAGCAGCACCAGACUUCCGCUGCGACGACGGUGCAGUAUUGGAGGAGAGUAGCUGUGUAGCUCGUCCUCAGUGUCCCAGUGAGUGUACCUGUACAGAGACGGUGGUCCGCUGUAGUAACAAGCACCUCCAGGCCCUGCCCAAGGGGUUGCCCCGCAACGUCACUGAACUGUAUCUGGAUGGGAACCAGUUCAGCAUCGUGCCCAGGGAACUGUCCACCUUCAAACACCUGCAGCUGGU